AUGAGCAAAGGCGAAGGCUUCGGCAGGUUGCCACACACCUACGGCGUCAACUUUACCUCCACCAUCCACCACAGCAUAACUGGCCCAACCGAUCCCUCAAACAAUAAACUCGCCGGCCCCUUCGUCAUUUGCGUGACCGGUGCCGGCAAAGGCUUAGGCUUCCAAAUUGCCCUCUCCUACGCCAAAGCCAAUGCAACCGGCCUCGUCAUCUCAAGCAGAACGACAUCGGACCUCGAAGCCUUGACCGCUGAGAUCCAAAAGGUCGACUCCAAAGUCGAGAUCCUUGCGCAGCUGUGCGACACGACUAAAGAUGAGGAUGUAGAGAGCUUGUUCAAGGCGACGAAGGAGCGGUUUGGGCGGUUGGAUGUUUGCGUGGCAAAUGCUGGGAUUAUCUCGAAGUAUUUGGAGGAUGGUAGCCUACCGAAAGGCAUAACCACAGACUUCGACUUCGAGCGCGUCAUCAACGUUAACCUUCUAGGCACCGUUCGCGUGGCACGUCGCUUCACUCCCCUUCUCCUCGAAACCGACGGCGCGAAAGCUUUCGUCGUCAUCACGAGUCUUGCGGCGCAUCUGGAUAGCUCUGGGUUGACGCCGAUUGCUUAUAACGUCUCGAAGCGAGGGGCGUGCCACUUAGCUGAGUCGAUGGCCUUGGAUCAUGGCAAAGAGGGAUUGUUGUCGUAUGCACUGCACCCCGGAGGAGUCGUAACGCCGCAGACGCAGAACCACUCGCUGUCGAAGGGCGAUGCUUGGGACAAAGGGCUAAACGACGAUGUGGAUCUGUGUGGUGGCUGGCUCACCUGGCUAACAAAAGAACGCCGCGACUGGCUGAGCGGCCGCUACCUCUCCGUCAACUGGGACGUUGAAGAGCUCAGCGGUAUGAAGGAAGAUAUCGUCAGCAAGGAUCUGUUGAAGUUCAGGAUGGCCGUAUGA